AGGGUAUUUAUUUCGCAUGCAUUUCCAUCAUUUCUAGCGCACGUCACUCCGCUUGAAGCUGUCGAGUAUGUUUUACCACUGCUUCCAAGUUUAGCUAUGGACGAAGGUACCUUCACACUAUAUUAGUUCUGACGCAGCACGUUCAUCUUUUAUGACGUGUUAUAGAUGAGGCAGUUAAGGAGGCGCUGGCCUCCGAACUCGUUGGAAUUUUGUGGUGGUUCCUCACGGUGGGGAAUUAUUUUAAUCUUUCCUCGUUGGUCCCGCACUAAACGUGCCCUUUCGAAGCGCUCUGCUGAUUGCCAACCUAAUUACACUGAUGGUGACGUGACCCUGAUGUCCGUUCAAGCUUUCACGCCUAUCCUGGGAACCUUUCUCCUGAGCCCGAACGGCAUGGUCAGUGGGCCAGCGCGAUAUGCUGUCGUUGAAUUGCUGGGUAGGAUAAAGAAAGCAGAUGCCGCAGAAGACGAAGGGGUGGAGGGUGAUCAUGGUGCGGGUGGCUGCGGGCUUUUUGGGAGGCCACAAAGAAGAUUGUUUGAGGACGAAGUCCUUCAUCAGAUCAAGACGAAACUUGUGGACGUAUGGUUUGAUGCGUCCGCACGAACCCCUGCAACGGAAAUACCAGCUCAGGUGUCCGCGUCGGGAGCCGUUGAUCAACUAUAUGAUCCUACCGUCAAUCCAUACUUUCCCGUUCCUCCCCCCUCUCCAUCGUCGCCCGUAUCUUCUCUCCCGCCAUUUUCUUCCGCGACUAUCGCGGUUCCCGUUCCUUCGGUGUCUGUAGUUCCGCCAAGUCCACCGCCCUGCGUUACUCCACUCCCAGAAUUACCUCCUACAAGAAUGGCUACCUCGUACGGGUCGGUUUUGCCUACGGCACCGCAGUCGGCAGACGUAGAGGCGCGUCAGGAGACGGAGGAUGAGACUGACGCUACCGAACAGGCGGCCAUUGGGCGGCUGUCGAGUAUGAGUUUGAUCGCCGCCGUCACAGCUGGAGGUUCACUAGCACCUGAUAUUCAGCGUGUAUUUGUAAAGGAGGUGGAGCGCGCGGGUAAAGAUCCAGUAUACUGGGUAAGACGAGAAGCAUCAUUUGCGCUCGGUGCACUUGCGAAAGUCGUGCCGGAAGAAUUAGUCUUGACAUUACUCCCCUUGUUUGAUUCCUUGCGAUCAGAUUCGGUGUGGAAUGUCCGCCACUCCUCACUCUUUGCACUUCCCGCGGUCCUUUCCCGUUUAUCACCCCAUCUACGACGUUCCGUAGCACUUUCGACACUCGUUCCACUUUCGCGGGAUGAAUCACCAGCUGUGCGGUCCGGGGUAUUGGAAGCCCUUGGGGAAGUCCUGUAUACCUUCCACACUGACCAAGAUGGACCACCUUCUGAGUUGCUCCGACUUUUCCUGGGCCGCGAGCAGCCUUUCAAAGAGCAGUAUCCAGCUCGCCCCCUUGCGUGUGCGUUCAACUAUCCUGCUGUCGCACUAACAUUAGGAUCUGCCAGAUGGGGAGAACUGCGGGAAUACUACUUGACUUUGGCCCAAUGUAGGACGUCCAAAGUUCGGAGAACGCUUGCGGCGAGUUUGGGUGAAUUGGCACGGGUGAUCGGGCCUGAGAACGCGGCCCGUGACCUCUCACAGGCAUGGGAAGAAGGCUGGCUCUCGCGGAAUUGGCGGGCGAGAGAAAAUCUGAUUCAGGUGCUAGCUGAUCUCGCCGGAUCUCCAUCCCAUCCCGACUGCGUGUGCAGGCUGCUCAAAAAUGGACUUGAAGAUGAUUUCGGAACGGUUAGGGAUGCUGCGAUCCAUGUGAUCACGCGUAUCUGGGCUGACUGUGAUAAAUGGGCGGUUGUUCUCGACGGCCUCCGCCGAGAUAUCAUUGCCUUGGCACACGCUUCCUCAUAUCGAAAACGCAUGACAUAUGUUGCUUGUCAGCAAUCUCUGGUGUCGAUGACAGAGAAAAACUCGUUUGUCGUGGACGAUACUAACUGGGAGGCACUUAGACAGCUCGCUCACGAUCGUGUCGUGGGCGUUCGCAUUGGCGUCGCACGUCUCGCUAAAUCGUUGUACGAUAAGCACACUCGUUCGUCCGGUCUUCAAGUUCCCCAGCGCAUAAUCGACUUGGUAGAGCAACUUCGUCGAGACACGUCGACAGAGGUGCGGUCUUACGUCCCGAAGGUCGUCGAUUUCUGUGACGAAACGCAUGCUACUGGGUCGAGUCGCUCUGGAGUAUUUGCAACGUUUUCGCGACCACCGCCGAUCACGAACCGGUCGGAAAAGGACGUACCGAUGACUUCGCUAUGACCACUGGGGCCCUCAGUCGCUGGCACUGUCAUUUAUGAUCUGUCAUGUUUCACCUGAAACGACUGCCUGGUCAUCAUGAAUCCGCUAUUUAUGGACGAUGGCUUACGGCCCCGCCGCUGUUACCCUACACUCCGAUCACCAUGUACUGUUGAAUCUUAUUGUAUCGUACACUACUUUUGUCGUAUCAUACUGUAGAGAAUUGACAUCAGUUUAUUUGAUGCUGCACAGAC